UUACGAACCGGCACCAUGGCAUCCGGAUGCAAGAUUGGCCCCUCCAUCCUCAACAGCGACCUGGCCAAUUUAGGGGGAGAAUGCCUCCGGAUGCUGGACUCCGGGGCCGAUUAUCUGCACCUGGAUGUAAUGGACGGGCAUUUUGUUCCCAACAUCACCUUUGGUCACCCCGUGGUAGAAAGCCUUCGAAAGCAGCUAGGCCAGGACCCCUUCUUUGACAUGCACAUGAUGGUGUCCAGGCCAGAGCAGUGGGUAAAGCCAAUGGCUGUCGCAGGGGCCAAUCAAUAUACUUUUCAUCUGGAGGCUACUGAGAAUCCAGGGGCUUUGAUCAAAGAUAUUCGGGAGAAUGGUAUGAAGGUUGGUCUUGCCAUCAAACCAGGAACUACAGUUGAGUAUUUGGCACCCUGGGCUAAUCAGAUCGACAUGGCCCUGGUUAUGACCGUGGAGCCUGGGUUUGGAGGGCAGAAAUUCAUGGAUGACAUGAUGCCAAAGGUCCACUGGUUGAGGACCCAGUUCCCGUCUUUGGACAUAGAGGUUGAUGGUGGAGUAGGUCCUGACACUAUCCAUAAGUGUGCAGAGGCAGGAGCUAACAUGAUUGUGUCUGGCAGUGCCAUUAUGAGGAGUGAAGACCCCAGAUCUGUGAUCAACUUGUUAAGAAAUGUUUGCUCAGAAGCUGCUCAGAAACGUUCUCUUGACCGAUGAGACCUCAAACAGCUCCGUAUUUCUGCUCAUGAAAUCUCCUUUUUACUGGAAAACAACAAUGUUGACUACCAAACCAUAUCACAGUCUAGGCACUACUUUUCUGAGCAAUUUUCAUUCCAGUAAAGCAAAAACUAAGUGAAGAACA